UGAGAGGGAGAGUGGGGUUCCGGCUUUCUCCUCAGAGGCGAAAGUCCGGGCGCCGGCGGGUAUCGAGAGGGAGGGAGGGGGCAAUAGCAAGAACCGGGGCAGGAGGGUAACGGGGGUGGGGGAAAGAGGGAGGUGAAAGUAAGAUACAAACACCCGGGUGUGUGUUGGUGUUUUAACCCCCGCCCCCGCCGACCCAAGCCCCUGACCCCACAAGUUUUCGGAGACCUCCCUCCGGAUUCCUCCCCGGCCCCUGAAGCCUCGGGGCUCGAGUGAAGAACAAACCGGGUUGCUCCUCAGUUCCGCCGAUCACCGCCGCAGAUGUGAGGACCCUCUCCCCUCGACCUUUCCAAUCCCGGACAGGGCAACUUUUAUUGUAAUUUUAUUUGUUAAUUUUUAUGAUCUUUAUACGAUUUUCUUUCUGCUGGAAUCUCUUUCCUGUCAGCACCAACGCUGCAAUUCUGUUUUUUUUGUCCCUGAUUUUUGAUCAUUUCAAACUAGUUUGUUUUAGGGGCUGUUGGAUGUCUCUGUGCGCUGUAAAUAUUCUCUAGUGUUCCUCCUCCCCCCCCCCCCCUUCCUUUUUUUAUUUAAAAAGUUCUUGUUUCAUCUCUGUGCGUGUGUGGGAUCCCCUUUUCAAAGUCCAGAGAUGACCACCAGAACACCGUUACCUCCACUCAAUGAGUCUGAUCAGCACACAGGGGGUCACCCAGACCCACCGGUCCAGUCAAAGUCGAGCAGCAGAUCCAGCAUGCCGCGAUGUCGCAGCUCCAUCGCUACCACUGCCGAGGACACUCCCCACAUCGGUAACUACAGGCUGCUCAAAACUAUUGGCAAAGGCAACUUCGCCAAGGUCAAGCUGGCCCGGCAUGUUCUCACUGGCAAGGAGGUUGCUGUUAAAAUAAUUGAUAAAACCCAGCUGAACUCUUCCAGUCUGCAAAAGUUAUUUCGUGAAGUGCGAAUAAUGAAGAUUCUAAAUCAUCCUAAUAUAGUUAAAUUAUUUGAAGUUAUAGAAACGGAAAAAACACUGUAUUUAGUAAUGGAGUACGCCAGUGGGGGGGAAGUCUUUGAUUAUUUAGUUGCACAUGGAAGAAUGAAAGAAAAAGAAGCAAGAGCGAAAUUCAGACAGAUAGUAUCUGCUGUGCAGUACUGUCACCAGAAGUGCAUUGUUCAUAGGGACCUAAAGGCCGAGAACUUGCUGUUAGAUGGAGAUAUGCACAUAAAAAUAGCAGACUUUGGCUUCAGUAAUGAAUUCACACUGGGGAAUAAAUUAGACACAUUCUGUGGGAGUCCACCGUACGCUGCUCCCGAGCUCUUCCAGGGGAAGAAAUAUGAUGGACCAGAGGUGGACGUUUGGAGUCUGGGAGUGAUCCUCUACACACUCGUGAGUGGUUCGCUGCCCUUUGAUGGACAGAACUUGAAGGAACUCCGAGAGAGAGUGCUGCGAGGCAAGUAUCGAAUCCCCUUUUACAUGUCCACAGACUGUGAAAACCUCCUGAAGAAAUUCCUGGUAUUAAAUCCAGCUAAACGAGGUAGCUUAGAGCAAAUAAUGAAAGAUCGCUGGAUGAAUGUUGGUUAUGAAGACGAUGAACUGAAACCGUACACAGACCCUGAGCCAGACUACAAGGAUCCCCGGAGAACAGAGCUCAUGGUAAACAUGGGAUACACUCGGGAUGAGAUCACUGACUCUUUGGUGAACCAGAAGUAUAACGAAGUCAUGGCGACGUAUCUGCUACUGGGCUGGAAGACGUCUGAGUUGGAUACAGAUUCGCUGUCCACCAGUAACCUGUGUCUGAAGCCACGUACUGAUCACACCAACAGCAACGCACAAUCUCCCUCCAGCAAGGUACAGCGAAGUGUCUCAUCCAGUCAGAGACCACGUCGGAUCAGUGAACAAGCUGGUCCCACCAACCCCAGCAGCAAUUCCUACUCCAAGAGGAACCAAGCCAACAGCACUGACUCCAAACACCAGGAUGAGGAGAAGGACAGUUCACGGCGCUCCAACAGCAAUGUGAAGGUGCCAGCCAGUCCACACACUGGUUCAGACAGGAAAAAGGCAACCACACCAUCCUCCAUGAACAACGCACUGACCAGCAGCGUGAGCCGUGACAGGAACUCCCCGAUGGCAGAUCGAGCUGGCACAGGUCAACAAGGCAACGUACAGAACGGCAAAGACAGUUCGUCAGUGCCAAGCUCCAGAGUAUCUUCCAUGUCUAUCACCUCAGCAAGAACACGGCACACAAAAUCCAUGUCCACCUCUGUUCACCCAUCCAAAAACACAGCAACAAACAAUGACGCUCAGCGUCCAAGCACGGCUCCCCAGCGGAUCCCUGUCACCUCGCCGUCUGCACACAACAUUAGCGCUGCCACUGAGCCCAGUAACUUUCCAAGGGGCGUUGCUAGCCGUCGCACCAUUGAUGGGGGACAACUUCGACAAUUCCGUGAUCAACAGAACACUGCGUUCAAUGGCCCCCCUGCCUCACCCACUCUGUCUCAUGGCAACAGCCAAGCACGGAGAGGGGCAUCGGGCAGCAUCUUCAGCAAGUUCACCUCCAAAUUUGUCCGCAGAAAUCUGUCUUUCAGAUUUGCGAGAAGGAUGCCCAUUGAGGGAGACAGCAGAGAGCGGGCUGAGGGCUCAAGAUCCAAUCUCAGUGCGGAGAAAGACGAGAAUAAAGAUGCCAAACCUAGGUCACUACGUUUCACGUGGAGUAUGAAGACAACAAGUUCAAUGGAGCCCAAUGAGAUGAUGAAAGAGAUCGGCAAGGUGCUGGAUGCCAAUAACUGUGAGCAUGAGGGACGGGAGCGGUACAUGCUGUUCUGUAUGCAUGGGGACCCCACCAAGGACAACCUGGUGCAAUGGGAGAUGGAAGUGUGCAAACUGCCCCGACUCUCCCUCAACGGAGUCCGUUUCAAACGCAUAUCUGGCACCUCCAUAGCGUUUAAGAAUAUAGCGUCCAAAAUUGCCAAUGAACUCAAGCUGUAAAGGAAGCCGUGCGAACUUGUCCAGGAUUGUUGGAGGCACCAGGUUUAAUCGGAACAGUUGAGCAAGAACUCAAGCUGACACUUUCUAGGCUGGAUUCUUUCAGUUUUGAGAUUUAUUUUUUGCAUUAGUGUUUUAAGUUUAUUUUUUAGUUUUUUUUUAUCUGACUGAUCAUGUAUUGCACACAUUCUUGACAUGUCACUGUGGGAUGGCAGAUUUGUUGAACUCCACACCCUGCCUCUUUCCUUUUCCCCAUAUCCCUCCUCCUGCAUAUAUGGUGACUUGAAGCAGAGGCCAUUAACUUUGGAUCUCACAUUGUGUACUACACUAACACUGUAGUGAGUGGAUUUCUCCAGGUAGUUGAGAUGAAGAAGAGCAGGUUUAUUACUUGUGGCCUGAAAAGAGUAUGUAAUUGUGAGGAACUUCUAAACUCAGCAGUUGCCUAAUUAUAGACUCAAUUGUAGCAUUUAUUGGAUUAAAAGUAAUAUCCCUCUUCCUCCUCCUGUUUUCCCUUUCCACUCUACACCUUUUGCUUCCCAUACUCUCUCCUUCAUUUUUCUCCCACUCCUGUACAUCAUCAUUCUUCGGAGAACUGGGCCUGAAUAAGGUUUAAUUCUCAGAAUUCCUGCUUUGUUAACUUGUUCCCAGGGAGAAUGAGCCAAGGCCCUUUUCCAAGAUUUGUGCCUUCAGUUAGCAACUGGUUCUGAUUGUAAUCCUGGUGCCAAUGGGCUCUCUGCCCAGCUUCCUGAUGUUGAUUGAAGGGUGAUUGGUUUGGCAGGGGGGGGGCUCACUUUCCAGAAUCCCUACAUUCUUAAUGUCCCUCUUCCAUCUCCUUCCUCCUUAUACCACCACCAUCAUUCACUCACUCACUCUUUCUCCCCCACCCCCCCCCACCCCCUUCAAGCCUUCACUUUUUUUUCUCCACCCCAACUUCUUAUGUCCUGUUACACUACAAAACCAACACUAUCUGCUUAUGUGCCCAGGAGCUGUUUAAAAUCAGGCUCCUCCUUGUGAAAUCAGGAGAUUGGAACAUCAUUUCUGUACAAGACAAAAUAAUCAUGGCUGUUUCUGAGUUGUUUCCAUUUCAUUCUGGACUUCCUGUUUAGAUUUAUUUACUGAAUAGCCCCAUUUAAUAGUUUAUGCAUCCCAGUCAAGGCUUCUUCCCUAACCCAAAGCAACUUAAGUAAGGUUGGAAAAGGGAACGUCUUUGGAAGUUCUUCGCUGUUGAAGUUUCUGAGAAUUUGUGAAUUAAUUAAUGCAACCUUCCUGUCUUCUGUCUUUUUAAAACUUAAUUAAACAAUAGAUUAAUCUCAGAAAUUAUUGACAAACAUUCUUUAUUCAGCUGAAUGUUGAGCUCCCUGACCAUUCCUUUAUUCCUUCGUCUUCCCCGCCAGAAUAAUUUAAUUCUGGGUUAAACUUCCAAGGCAGAAAUUUCUUCCAGGGUCCCCAACCCCAUUUUUUUUUCAAUCUGUAACUGUUAAGUAGCCUCUGGUCUGUUAGAUGCAGUGUUGGCCCACAUUAACUAUGAUUAUUUCAUUUUGCAUGACUAUUUCCAGGGCAUUACAGAGAGAUGCGACACAGCAAUGUAUUUAUAAACUUUACCUGUAAUCUCCUUCUCACAUUGCAUGUCUUCAUCCACCCAGAGUGAAAAUAUUAUAUUCCUCCCUGGUUUCUUUGGUCCUCCUGCCCAGUCGUUGUUCCUGGAUCUCCCUGAGGCGUGGAUGGUGUCACUGGUGAGUUGGACAAGUUCAGUAGGUGUACUGUUUCUUGCUCACCACCAAAAAUGCCCCUUCACUGUAGGAACCACGAGUCCCAAGUACCACCAGGGGCUGCCAUCCAGUUUCUAGGUUAGAAAUACUCCCUUGAAAACGGGGAUUGGAGAAUAGAUGUCUAUAGUAGAGUGGGCAUUAGCCCACUUGGACCUGCUGCUGUCUGAGAGUUUGGUUCUGGCCUCAAGUUUGUGAGCUAGGAUCAGUGUUCGUGUCCAAGAAGGAAACAGUGACAGGAGAGGCAAGGGAAUUGGCAUAUUCACUAGUUGGAGGAGGAAUAGAGAAGCAAUUAUCAACCUGGAGAAAUUAUACCCCCCCACCCACAAGGAUUGGGGAUGAAGCAAAGACAUUGCUGGUAUGUGAAAUGUGCUUUAAGGACCGCCAUGUUUGGGUCGGAGUGAAGGUGGAUCUCUCCUCCAGUUGUGCCCACCCUUUAUUUUGUCAGUGUGUGUACUGCUGGCCAGAAUUGUGAAAAGAUGAGAGUUGAUUGAGACAGCCAGGGUGAGAAUGAACAGGUGAACAAGUUAGGUAAGAAGAGGCAGUGGUAGAUGGACUCAGUAUUUGGUUUAGUCUCCCACAAUCUUUGGCCCCAUCUCCAGUCCCUGUCUAAAUGAAUGCUGGUGAUAGAAACUAACUUCUGCAUACACAAAGGCUCAGUCAUCAUCUUACAGCAGUGACUGGGUCUGACACUAAACUCCAGGGUUUCUGAGGUUCCAAGGCAGGUGUUUUUCCCAUCUUCAAUACUUAAACUGAGGACACAGAUAUCUGAGCAAUCCAACUGAUGCAAACAUCUUAACAAAGGCUUGAACCACCAUUUUGAUUUUCAGUUCAAUCUUUAUUUAGGUGUUUUCAAUUUUAGGAAGUGUGUGUAUUAUACCUCAACAAGCAGAAUUCUCGUUUGAUACUGGACUCUCUUGAAUGUCAAUGGGCAUAGAGAAAUUUGCUGUGUCUGACUAGUUCUGGCUUGGAUUCCAGCUGAGUUAGGACUGUAGGUCUAGCUCUGCACAGUGUGCAUUGAUUAGGCAUUUUCAUAGCCCAAAUCUGUAUCGACUUCAAACACAGAUAGUUGUCAGGGAUUGGGUGAUUCAGUUGGUCUCUUCAUCGCCAGGAUUUUGUUCCUAAGUCAAGUGCAGAGGGGAUGAAAGCCUUAAGACAUGAGCCCCAUUCAGUAAUCAUUUGGUUCUCAGCUGCUGGCAACACACUUGAUUGCCAUGUGGUAUUUGGUUAAGUAGUGAUAAGACGUGGUUAAUAUAUCUGCAAAGCUACCUACUUUUUAAACACACUUCCUCCUGGACUGACGCUUUGAUCCAGCUGGGAACCAGCAUAACAAGGUGGGAUUCCUUCAGUUCAUCUCUCUUCACAAGCUCAGACAUCUUCUCCCAAUUUGUGCAACACUUCUUCAUUCAGAGAAAUUGAUUUCUUGUUCUAAUUCAACUCGGAUCUUGACACACACUGUAACAUAGAGAAAGCUAAUCUUUUAGAUUUUCGGUUGUUGCAUUGUAUUUGCUGAUGUAAAAAAGGCCAUGCUUUUCUUGUACUGUCAGUUAAAUGAGCCUCCUGCUCUCUGUUCAGAUCUCCAUUAUCUUGCCUCAAAUGACUAUUUUAUAAAGUUCUUUGAGACAGAAGUUGGUAACUUGACUGAUCUGAGACUGCAAUGGGACUUGAUAAUUUCCUAAUGAGCAGGUAGAGUACCUGCUUAGUUAAAAGACAUAUGUAUAAUAGAUCACCUGUACAGGAUAUAUGUAGAGAUGACAUGCCAUUUUCCCAUUGCUGUAAAUUACCCAAAACAAUCCAAUCCUUUUUUUCUAAUUUAUCUCCUAUAGAAAGAUGUCUGGCUCUGUGUAUCGGAAUUAUAUUAUUAACCUGCAGCAAUUUCUCACCUGAAAAUUAAUUUGCUUUCAUGCCCCCUACCCAGUUCAACCCUAUUUUCUUAAGUAAUUCUUAAUCACAUUUUAAGUUUAAAUAUAAAUUUGGCUGCAGGGAUUUGUUUUUAAAACCCCUGGGUUUUGCCUGAGGUGCCCCAAUGUCUCUGUUGACUCUGUUCCUAGGACAGAGUUCUAGCUCUGCAAUCAGUCCCUUUGAUGCUAGCCACUCUGUAACAUACACAUCUUUUUUUAUUAUUGCUGCCAUUGCUAAUUAUGGAGAUCAAAACCUGUGGUCCAUUCAGAUUUGAUGUUUGUACAAAAUAAUUUAAGUAAAAAUGGGGUAGUACCCCAAUUUCCUACUUCACUUUCCUGCAUUUCAGUGUAUACUUUGCUGCUGCUGUUAUUAAACAGAUUCCUUCUUUAGAAUGAUAUUACUCUACCUUGGCUCUUCUGUUAUAAAGGAACUGGCUUUUGUGGAAAGCCUUGUGGCUUCCAUGUCGGGACAACUGCAACUUGCCACUGGUCAGGGACUGGAGUAAGGAACGUGAGGCCGUAUCAGUCAAAUCACUACCCAACAUUCACACUCUCUCUCCGCCCCCCCCACCCACCCACCCCAACAUACACACCCACCUCAGUUGUUCCUUUCCCCAAAUAGUCAGUCCUGGCUCUUAAAACCAUUUGCCAAUAUUAGUAACAUUAAUUUUCACUCUAAACAAGCUCUACAGUUUCCACUUGAAACUUGAUUUGUGACUUUUUAAAAUAAAAGAUUCAGGGUGCUGUAUGCCCUGGCCAAGCAAUGGAGAAUCCUAUUUACACUCCAGUUUGUUUGAAGAAGGCUCUGCUGGAUUAAAUCUGUCUUUGAAUUUCAACAUCUGUGAUGCUAGGGCACUUGGGAACUGCUAUGAAAUUGAAUUCUUAAGGGUUUAAGAACCACUUCCAACCUAAUAGAUCUGAUGUGUGUAUGGAGGGGAGGGGUGGGUGGUGUGGAACAAAGAAUUUAUUUAAUUUUUUAAAAUCAUGAGUUUUGGGGCACAUUUUCUGCAUGACCCAAACUGGGAAAUUGGUUUGUGUAGCUGUUUUUGUGUUAAUUUCUUUAAAUGAUUGAUGCCCUUUCAUUUGAGAAUUGUUUAAUUGGAACCUGGCACCAGAGGGAGGAAAAUAAUGUAUUAAAUUUGGACUGGGAAAAGUUCACAUUUAUGAUUAUAAUAAAGAUUCUCCUUCUAUAGUUUAACAUAA